AUGGAGAAAAGACUGGACACGCUAUCAGGACAGAAAAGCUGGUGCACACAAGAAGGAACCCUUCAUCUCUCUCAAUCAUUUGUUUCAUUGCAGCCUUUUGAAGAUGGAGAUUCGAAGCUAUUUGAAUCAAGAGCGAUAACCAAAUAUAUUUCCUUUGAGUACCAUGGGAAGGGCACCGAGUUGGUCUACCACGACGGAAAGAAGAUGGCAACCGUUUCGGUGUGGAUGGAGGUGGAAGCGCAUCAAUUCAACCUGGUUGCUUACAAGCUAAUUUCUGAGCAGAUGGCGAAGCCAAUCAUUUUCGGUAUGGAAACAGACGCAUCCGUUGUAGAAGAGAACCAGGCGAAGCUGGGUCAGAUUCUUGAUGUGUACGAGGAGAGGCUUUCCAAGUCCAAAUACUUAGGUGGAGAUGCCUUCACCUUAGCCGAUCUUCCCCAUAUGCCAGCAAUACAUUUCUUGAUGGAAACAUCGUCGAAGGUGUUGUUUGAGGCUCGCCCACUUGUGAGUGUUUGGAUCAAAGAUAUCAUGGCUCGGCCAGCAUGGAAGAAGACCAUUGAGAUGCAGAAGCAAGGUCAGAUAUGAAGAAUACAAGAUUAGUGUGGCGUCCUCUUAUAAUAAAACAAGUU